CAAAAACAGUAUAAAAUCGAUAUCCCUGAGAUCUCUCCGUUUCAUAAUCUUUGCGUGAGGGAGAGAGAGGGACGAAGGAGCAGAAGAAAAGUGUAGAACAAGGAACGAUUCGAUGAGUCAGUAUCCGCCUCCUGUUGGUGCUCCUCCUCCUCAAGGGUAUCCGCCGGAGGGAUAUCCGAAGGACGCUUAUCCGCCGCCGGGAUAUCCUCCGCAGGGAUAUGCACAGGGCUAUCCUCCUCAGGGAUAUCCGCCGCCGUACGCGCCGCAGUAUCCGCAGCAGCCACCACCGCAACAGCAUCAACAAAGCAGUCCUGGGUUUCUAGAAGGAUGUCUUGCUGCUCUCUGCUGUUGCUGUCUCUUGGAUGCCUGCUUCUGAUCAGAGAGACGGCUCGUGGCUGCCGCCAUUUUCGUCUCGGGGGUGGUUUCGGUGCAGGAAAAAGAAACAAAAAACCGCGAUUGAUUUGUGGAGCGUUAAGACAGGAUUGCUGGUGAACCUUGGUUCUUUUUUUCCUCUUAUCGUUUUAGGUUAUGUUCAUUCAUGAAUAAUCUGGAUCGUCCACCUCUAUAUAGCUGACGUUUGGAUUUGAGUGUGGGAAUGUAAAUUGUGGGGGGACUUCUUAUGUGACUUGUUGACUCUUUGCAUCAA